AUGCCUCUUGUUCGAGUCAUCUUUCAUCUUGAUACCGAACAGAAAUGUAUCGACUUCCUUACGCGAUACUCUGAAGUCGCUUGUGCUGCCUUUCUUCCACCCAUGCUCAAACAUGGAUUUUGUUUUGAAGCACAUGGACAAAACACACUUGCCAGAUUCGAUAGACAUACAGGACAGCUAAUUGGUUUUGCUAUAAGAGACUUUGGAGGUAUUAGGAUCCAUCGAGAACAAUUCGAAAGUACGACUCCGUUUAAACUUGAUGUUUUACCUGGUUCAUGCAUUGUCACUGAUGAUAUAAUGGAAGUCUACAUGAAACUAUUUCAUUGUUUUAUUCAGAAUCAUAUGAACCGGCUAGUGCGUGCGUUGGAUCUUCAUUAUUCGCGUAAAGGUUGGACAGUUGUACGUAAAGCUGUUGAGAAAUAUAUAACUGCCACGUCGCCAGCAGCAAAUGCGUGGCUAAAGGAAACGGUACCGCUCAAAGCAUUUCUCAAAAUGAAACUUGCUGAUAAAUAUAGGGAUUACAGUUACUGUGAAACACCCAAUGUUCUCGCAUUAGCUGAGAAGGACGAGGAAAAGUGA